GCCUUACAAAGUGAUAGAAACAAUGGGGAUUAUCAAGCUUUUCCUACGCAUAAGCUCCAUAGUACUAAUCUUAAGUACUACCUAUGUCUCUCAAGCCAGACCAGCCAAAGAACCCCACCAAGACUUCAUAGACGAGCACAACAAAGCUAGGGCAGAGGUUGGUGUUGGUCCGAUCAAAUGGAACGAAACCGUUGCGGCCUAUGCCCAAAAGUACGCUGAUUCGAAGAUUGAGACGUGUGAAAUGGUGCAUUCGCAAGGGCCUUACGGUGAGAACUUGGCUGAAGGCUGGGGAUCAGAAAUGACAGGCGGACAAGCUGUGAAAUUUUGGGUGACUGAGAAGCCCGACUAUGAUUACGACUCUAACUCAUGCACUGCUGGGAAGGUGUGUGGGCAUUAUACCCAAGUGGUUUGGCGCAAUUCAACUCGUGUUGGAUGUGCUAGGGCUAAGUGUAAGAAUGGUAUGAUUUUUGUUAUUUGUAGCUAUGAUCCUCCUGGAAACUGGAUUGGGGAGCGUCCUUACUAG